CAACCGUCCCGCUGCGCGAGGCAGCCCUUCUCCGAUGCCUGCGCAACCCAACAUGCAGCAAGGCCACAUGGGCCCGAAUCAUCAGAUGCAGUACCCAGGAUACCCGCACCACCUCAAUCCUCAGCAACAACAGCAACAGAUGUACGGCAUGCCGUCCUACGACCCGAAUCAGGGCUACUACCAGCCAUACUACUACCCAGGUUAUGGCCAGCAGCAGGCACCUCAGAGCCCACGUCCGCAAUACCCGAGCCCAUUUCCAGGUGCUCCCGGCGCUGGCAUGCAAGCUCCCUUUCACCCAUCGAACGCACCUGGCAUGGCGCGCACUCCAUCCCAAGCCUCCGAGCGACCAACAUCCAGCCUCGGACAACCUGGAACUCCCGCACAGAAUGCGCCUGCGCCUUCACACACGCCGAUCAGCCACGGGCAGCCUGGUCAAGCAUCAGCAGCAUCGAGCUUCGUCCGGCCAGUCAAGAAGAGCAAUGCUAUUAAGAUUACUGACGCACAGGGCAACGCCGUCAACUUCACCAAGCCAUCUCCUUCUCCCAGCACGGCGCAACCU